GUCAAAAAUUUUCUCCAACAUUUCUUCAUGAAAAAAAAUUUUCACCUACGGACACGGACGGAUCGAAAUCGAACAUUUUUUCUAUCGCAAAAGUGUGUCUAUUUCUCGUCAUCGUCAAAUAAUAAAAUAAAUUAACAUAAAUCAAAAAAACUCUUAACGAAUAAAAAAAAUCCUCCAUCAUGGGCAACGUAAUGGCUGCAUCGAAAAAUGAUCCCAAAAUGGGAAUCCCUGAAUCAUUGUUAUCGGCUCCAGUUCCAUCAGCACCAGCCACAGUUCAAUCAUCUUCAUCUGCCUCCUCUGAGAAGAGUAACCUUGAAAAUCCUGGAACAGUUGAGGAAUUGCACAAAAAAACUAAAGAUAUAAUGGCGAUGACCUUCGAAGGCGCCAAGGUAAUGCUAAACAAGGGCCUAAGCAAUCACUUCCAAGUUUCGCAUACUCUUAACCUCUGCACCACACAACCGAGUGGCUAUCGAUUUGGUGCGACUUAUGUCGGCACCAAGCAAUUCUCGCCAUCGGAAGCAUUUCCAGUGAUCUUGGGCGAUAUCGAUCCGUCGGGUAAUUUGAAUGCCAAUCUAAUUCAUCAAUUCCAUCCGAGGGUGCGAUGCAAAUUUGCUUCACAGAUACAAGAUAGCAAAUUAACAGCUGCUCAAUUAUCAACUGAUUAUCGUGGUGAUGAUUUUACUGCCACUUUAACUGUUGGCAAUCCCAAUUUGUUAAACAAUUCGGGGGUAAUUGUUGCACAUUAUUUGCAAUCGGUGACAGAGAAACUUGCUUUGGGCGGCGAAUUGGCCUAUCAAUAUGGUCAGAAUGUACCUGGUGGACAGAUUGCUGUUUUGUCGGCUGUAGCAAAGUAUACAAAUGGUGAUUCGACUUGGUCGGGUACUUUGGGACCCGGUGGGGUUCAUGUAUGCUAUUAUCAAAAAGCUAGCGAGCAGCUACAAAUUGGAGUUGAGGUUGAGACUAGUUUGAGAAUGGCCGAAUCGGUGGCUACAAUUGGUUAUCAAGUUGAAUUGCCAAAAGCUGAUUUAGUUUUUAGAGGUUCAUUCGAUUCCAACUGGACCGUAUGUGGAGUUUUAGAAAAACGCCUACAACCAUUGCCAUUCUCCUUUAUGCUUAGCGGAAGGCUUAAUCACACCAAAAAUCAAUUUAGACUUGGAUGCGGACUUGUUAUUGGUUAACCUUCUACUCCAAUCCUCAUCAGCAUUUCCCAGUUAUCAUCGGCGUGAAGCGCAUUACCCCCCCCCCCACCCCAAAUUCGCUUUAUGUUUCGAACAAAAAGCAAACAAAAUUAAGCAACACAAAUCAACACACACAUGCUCGUUAUUCCUUUUGAAACUUGUCUUAGUCUACAUAGAAAUUUAUUGUUAAGGAAAUAAAUUCAAGAAAAACAAUACAAAACAUAUUAAAAAACAAAUAAACAAAACAUAUUUUGUCUAAACCAGCAAAUAGCAUCUCCAUCCACAAUAAUAAAGAAAAACAAACAAAACAAAGAAUUCAAACACAAAAUUCGAUUCUCCCUGAUUGCAUUUUUGAGAAAAAAAAACAAACUCGCAGUUUAUUGUUUUUUAUUUUGUUGUUGUUUUUUUUUUUUAAGUAAACAAUAUGAAGGCUUUUUCUUUUGUUUAUAAACUGCAGUUUUAAGGUAUCGACUGCUUGUAAAUGCAUUUCGACAUUUUAUUUCUUUUUUUUUUCAUCAGAAACAAAUCGAUGGUUUAAUAUUGAAAAAAUAAUAUUCUAUGUUCUAUAAAUUUCACUUACGAACCAUAGAACAUAGAAUAUUAUUGUAUUGAGCCAGCGAAAUGUCGAUGUUUUACUUUUACAAUAAUUAUUUUCAACAGCUGCCCGUGUUUUUUUUUUAUAUACAAUUAUAUAUUUUACGAUAAAGAUCUUUUGAUUGUUUUAUUUUUUGCUUAAGAAUGUUAGAAUUAUUAUUAAACAAAUCAAUUUCAAUUAAAAUGAUUUGAAAAAUGUUGGUCGUUUAAAUUGGCUAUAAACAAAAAACAAAAUAAUAUUACUUAACAAAAUUAAAGCAAGCAAAAAACAUUGUACAGUAGAGAAUAUUAACUAUUAGAAGUUAAAUAAAAUUUGUGAACAAAAAAUACAUAACAAACAAAAAACAAUGUUUGAACAAAAUUUGAAAUUCAAAUCGAAAUGAUUUAUGAAAUAAAAUUGUUAAAAAGACUAA